CCCAUUUGAUAUCAUCAUGCAUUAACAAUUAUUAAAAACAAUUCCUUUCAUCUAUUCUUAUUAUCUUUAAUUAACACAUUGGCCUCCAUUAGCAAUUUGGAAGACAAAUAAAAUAAUGCAUGAUGAUAAUAUUCGAUAUUGAUCUUUUUUCUCAUAAUCUAAAUUUAAACCUAAUAAAUAUCAUUUAAUUUCAUAUUUUUAUAUUUUCAUCGUAACGAACUCGAUAAAUUGUUAAAUUGGUAAUGGGCGCGCAUGCAUUUGAUCAGCUUGUGCGCCCACCAUUACCCUCGUCUUUUUUUCUCAUUUUUCAUUUCAUAUUCGUUUUGUCAACAAUGUACCUAUGGACACCCAUACUAGGUGACAUAGAAAUGGAAGCCUUGCUAAAAUUCAAGUCAUCUCUAGUACAUAAAGAAGGUACCCCAAAUUGGAACCCUUCAAUUGUCCCAUGUGCACAAGGGGAUGUCUCAAAAUGGGAUGGUGUUAUAUGUGAUAAUGGUAAAGUAUGGGGCAUACAACUAGAAAAUAUGGGUCUAAAAGGGAAAAUUGAUAUAGAUGCACUAUCCCAAUUGCCUGAAUUAAGAACUUUAAGCUUAAAAAACAAUAUUUUUGAAGGGUCUAUCCCAAAUUUAAGGCCAUUAAUAAAAUUAAGAUCUAUUUUUCUAAGUAAUAAUAAAUUUUCAGGUGAAAUUCCUGAUGAUGGGUUUGUAGGAAUGGAUGCUUUAAGAAGGGUGGUUUUGACAAAUAAUGGGUUAAAAGGAAAGAUACCAAAUUCUUUGGGUAGGUUGCCAAUUCUUAUUGAAUUGAAAUUAGAUGGUAAUCAAUUUGAAGGGUGUAUUCCUGAUUUUCAACAAAGUAAUUUGAAUAUUAAUGUGGCUAAUAAUCAUUUGGAAGGUCCUAUUCCUGCUAGACUCUCUAAAAGAAAUCCUAAGGUCUUUUCAGGGAACAAAGGACUGUGUGGGCCCCCUCUUGAGCCAUGCACUAGUGAAAAAACACCCAAAGAUGUAUCAACUCUCAAUACAAAAUCCAAAUCAAGUAAAUCCACUCUGAUCGUGCUGGUUAUAAUGAUUGUACUUUUAAUCACGUCUAUACUAAUCGUGUUCGUAUGUCGAAACAAACAUAAAGCAAAGUUAAAUAAACGAACUAGUUUGGCAUCUCAAGAUGGGAAUCAAACAACAUAUGUUCCACCAAGUGAAGAACACACAACUACAAAGAAAAGACAAGAUCCAGGAAAGCUAGAUUUUGUGAGAGAUGACAGGAAAAAGUUUGAUUUAUCAGAGUUGUUGACUGCAUCAGCACAAGUGUUGGAGAGUGGAAAUUUUGAAUCUUCUUACAAAGUUGAGAUAUUUUCGGGGCAGUUAUUGGUGGUUAAGAGAUUUAGACAAAUGACUAAAGUUGGGAGAGAGGAGUUCAAUGAGAAUGUUUGGAGGAUGGGCAAGUUAAGACACCCAAACUUGUUGGCUUUAGUUGCUUAUUAUUAUAGGAAAGAAGAGAAGCUUCUAAUAUUUGAUUUUGUUGAUUGUGGGAACUUGGCUAGUCAACUUCAUGGAAACCGUAAACUGAAGCAAGGAAAGUUAGAUUGGCCAAAGAGGUUGAAGAUAAUCAAGGGAGUAGCAAGAGGAUUAGCAUACUUAUACAAAGAACUCCCUAGCUUAAUGGUGCCACAUGGAUACCUUAAAUCUUCAAAUGUACUACUAAAUGAAUCAUAUGAACCACUUCUAAUUGAUUAUGCACUUCAUCCUUUGAUCAAUCCAGAGCAUGCUAAGCAACUCAUGGUUGCGUAUAAGUCACCUGAGUAUACUCAUCAUGAUCGUCUUACAAACAAAACUGAUGUUUGGAGUCUUGGAAUUCUCAUACUUGAAGUUUUAACUGGGAAAUUCCCAACAGAUUUUCUUGCUGUUGGUAAUGUCAAAGGUGAAAAUCUAGUAGCUUGGGUGAAUGUCAUAGUAAGUGAAGAAGAAAAGGGUGAAGAUGUGUUUGAUAAAGAAAUGGAAGGAACCCAUCAAAGUCGAGGCGAAAUGAGUAAACUUUUGAAGAUUGGUUUGAGGUGUAGCCAUGAAAAUGUAGAUACAAGAUGGUGUAUAAAAGAGGCUUUGGAGAGGAUUGAAGAGAUCAAAGAAACGGAUUAGCUCGAUCAACAACUUUCAAGUCCUCACAUGAGAUUAUACAUAUAAGCAAUCACGUAUAUAUACUUUUCUGCUCCACUCAGAUUCCGCUAUAUUGUUUUUUAAAAGCAUUCUUAAUA